AUGACCAAUCCCGCCAAAGUCCCUGAAAGCGAGCAUGCUCGUCUGCAAAAUGACUACGGCGCCGAUUACUGGGUUCGCAAGCCUGAAGCUGAGUACCGACGUCCGACUCUUGGACGAGGCUUGUUUGCUGGUUUACAGGAUACCAAGCACUAUAAUGUUGAGAGUGGCUGGGCACGACGCAAGUCUACGGAUUCCCAGCCUGGAAUUCUGGGGUCGUUGUGGAGUCGGCUCUUCGGUGUUUAG